CGCUCCUUCUCUCUCUUCUCCGGACGCGCAUCUUCGCAACAGCUCUAGCGAAACGACAACUUAGCAUCGACUUGACAAAAGCUCUAGCGAAUUGGGCGUCAAAAUGCCGGCGAGAAAGCGGCAGGAGAAGGCCCCACCAAAAGCUCCCCCGCAAGACCCACCCGAAAGUCCCCCACAAGACUCACCUGAAAGUUCCCCGCCAGCGUCACCAAAGCCCGCGAAGAAGAGCGCUCCGAAGUCUGCUACGAAAAGCGCUCCGAAGUCUGCUACGAAAAGCGCUCCGAAGUCCGCUACGAAGUCCGGCGUCAAGGCGAAACAAGAUCUGACCGUCGAGCAUUUCGCACCCUUGCACCUACAGAAAGAUUUGGCGAAAUGGCGAACAGAUCCAGAAAACACCGAUUACAGUGUUGCGGACACCGCGAUCACCACGCCAGAUACUCCCAAAGACAUCAAGAAAAAUUCGGAAAUCUGGAAAGGCCUGGGACAUCACGAUGGAGUUCACGUACUUCACAGAUACACUACACUACCCAAGGGAGGAGCGUCUCUGGCUGCCUACAACGGGAUGAGUGAGAAAACCUUACUCAACUUUGUCGACACCGUGGUAUGCGACAUUGUCCCCGAGGGCCUUGUGUUCAUGGCAGCGAAAUUCAAGGCUACCACCGCCCAACAGCUUAUCGAGGACGAGGAGGAAGAAGAGUUCGAGACGCCAGAAAUGCACACGAUCUUCUCGGAAAGUCGAUCUCAUGUCGGCAAUUUGACCGAGGAGGAGAAAGAACAAAAUCGGAUCAAUCCGGAUGAGGUGAUAAAGGCGUACUUGGAAGACAGAAAGGUAAAGUUAUACAUCGACCAAAUUAUCCGCGAUUUGACGUCCCCCAUCUUCCUUCCUGUUACAGCAAGUCUGCUUGGUCGAGAAGAGGGGGAAGAGGUUGACGUUGUAGCGACGAUCUUGGCCCACGCUGUGCAAAUCCUGUUAUUUGCUCCCACACAGUGGAAGAAAGACAUUCAGUAUUGCCGAACAGACCCUGAUUACCUUUCACGUUACCCGACGCCAGAUGGACAUGGCGGCAAUUGCCGCAGAGUUGGAGAAACCUUUAGUCUGGAAGAUCUCAACAGGUCAAUCACUUUACUAUAUCUCGCCUUGUAUCGGCGAACGGCUCCAGGGAUCAACAUCCAUGCGAGUCGAAUACCAUCGGCUCGUGACAAGUUUCUUGGUUAUUUCGACCCAGUGCGACAGAAGCCGAUGGCCGGAAUCGAAGACGACGAAAGCCCGCAACAGUGUGCUGUCAGACAAACCUUGGCGCACCCCCUGCCAAGCACACGCAAACUGGAAGAAAACGACGAGGACUCGGAUGGCAGUGAUUUGGAAGCUUCAGAAAUCGCAACCACGUCUUCGCAGCUUUAUAACGCGAAUUCAGAUUCUGUUGAGAACGACAAGCGAAUUGAGCUACAAACGCUGUAUCUUGAGUGCGUAUCUUCGCAGCAGAAACGGUUCAAGAAGGAUGGCUCCGAUCUGCGGGACAGCCAACCUCUAUGGCAGACAUUGGAGGUGGCCCAUGCGAAGAUUGAGCAAAGUGUUACGACGUUCACCUCGCUGGUCGAUGAGGGCCAAUUGGCCGAAUUCUUGGAUCAGGGUAUUGCCUCUGAGGCCAUCCAACAAGUUUUGUCGGAAAAGCCAGAGGAUGAAGAAGCCCUGAGGCAAGCCAUCACUCGUGCUUUCGGAAUUGAGUUUAUUUGCAACGGACAACCUCCGCCUGAAAACCCCGACAUCCAGUCCAUCUGCCGUCGCUUUGACAUUGAAGAAUAUCCGUCUCUCAAAUUAUACCCGGAUGCAGACAUCGAGCCUUUGAAGCCUCAUCAAGUAGCUGAUUUAGGCUUCAUUUUCGCGAAGUUGGAGACUUUGGGUCAUGUUUUUUUCAGCAAUGAGAUGGGUCUUGGCAAGACUAAGGUCUUUGCUGCCACAAUCGAAUGUCGGGCUCGCCUGGUCGAAUCACAAAAUAAAGCUGGAAAGGGAAAGCCGAGACUUUACUACCCCACCUUGCUUGUGAAUCCAGUUCCAACAAUUCAUCAGACGCACCGGGAGUUGAAAAGAAACUUCCCAGGUCUUACUAUAUGGCUCUACUACGGCUCAAAAUCGGACUCCAAACGGUUCGAUGGCGCAACCAUAUUGCAAAAGGCCGAGUUCUUGACCAAAUUGCGCAACCUUGAUCAAUCUGAUCCAGAGACCGGCAAAAUUGUUGUAGUAACCACUUAUCCGACUCUGCAUCAGAGAGAAGUGGUUCGUGAGGAAAAACGAUUUGUGUUUUUGGAACGGCGCCAAACAGGCGCCAAACCCAAACGGCGGGCAGGUCCUUCAAGGAACAGACGUAAAGCCCAGGAAGAGGAAUCAUCUGGAAGCGAAGACGACUGGAUGGAUCUCGAAGAGAUGGUCUCAAAAAAGAUCAAAAAGCGGUUUGAUGCAAGCAAACGAGUUCCACGUUACGAGUCCGAAGAUGACCCUGAGCUCCAAAAAAGAAGACACCAUUUUCUAUCUGAGGACGAUGACAUUCAGCCUGAUGGCAACAUUGUCAAGUACAGACUGAGACGCCCCGCUGUUCAAGAAAUUCGAUGGGGCUUCCUCAUUGUCGACGAGGCACAUCUGGCCAGACGCGUGGACUCAAUCUAUAACCGCACAUUUCGGCUUUUGAACUGGAGGUGGCUGAUGUGGGUAACUGGAACACCACUAAUGAGUAGCCUCCAGGACAUCCUUUCUCCACUACAUCUGAUGUGGCCUAGAUUUGGGAUUGACAUGCCGCUACUGCGCAAUAGCGAGAUUGGAUAUCUGGAGGGGCUUUGGCGGGAAGACUAUGACCCUGAGAAGGAGUGGAAUGUCUUCGAUAGCCGCCGCAAGACGCGAGGGAUACUCUCCCGAAGUUUCAUCGAGGAGCAUCCUUCCAAAUACUGGGGAAAAGUCAAGAAGUUUCUGCAGGACGGUGUCAAGAUAUGGCAACUGAAUCCUUUCUUUGUGGAGAGAGUUGGGCGCGAGGCGGAGUGGUCCUCUGCCUUUGGGAAAGACGUCAUAUCUGCCAUCCUUCGGGCCGUUUCGCUUCGGCGCACUCAGCGAUCUCGACUUCUUCUGCCCAACGGCGAAGUGUGCUUUCCAUCGGCAGACAUGCUACCCAUGAAAAUAAUAAGCGAAGAGUUAAAUUUCGACAAAACCCGCAAGAAUCUCGUCCGAAAACAUGGUCGCGACGCUGCCAAAAAUAUGUUUUUGAUGGCAAGCAAUACUUUGCAAGAAUUCACCGCUUCGCCGCAAGGCAUCAUCAACCCAUCUGACCGCGAGGCGUCAAUCAACUUUAGUGCCUACAGAGAGGGUGUUCUGGUGGCUUUUGAUUUUCGGAACCUGAAGAUCCUUUACACGAACGUGGACGAGAUCUUUGGCAGAGAUAUCCCUAACAUUUCGAAGGCGCUUGUCAGCGUGCGCGAUUCUCAGCCAAUCACAAAAAGCCAACAACAACGGCUUUUCCAGCGCGCCAACAAGGACGACAUGCCCAUGGUGGGCGUUGAGCAUUUACAACAACUGCUCGGGUUUGAUAAUAAUUGCGGCCUCAAUUACGUCUUCACUAGGUCAUGUCUUGAUCCUGAUGUCAUUGCGCCCGCGGAACGGAUCGGCUGGCUGAGAUGGCUGACCGCCUCGAGCCCCAUGUUGGCCAGGAUAAUAGAGCUGUGCCAUGACUAUGUCAUCAAGAACCAAAAGCGAGUGGUGGUCUACAUAGACACCCCUUGGAUACAACAAAUAACGUAUGCAACGCUCUUGAUGGCUGGCUUCAAUACAUUGACAGUACGAUCGUCGGAUAAGCCCGGCGCAAAAAUCGAGGCGAUAAGGCUCUUUUGCGACCCAACUUCAGAUGCCCAAGUCUUCGUUGCAAACAUUAAUAUAAUGUCCACGGGGGUUAAUCUUCACACAGCGUGCCACAUAGGUAUUCUCGCAACUCUUCAUUUCAGCGCGAAGAUAAUCUUGCAAACUCAUGGGCGGCUCAAUCGUCUCGGACAGCAACAUCAGGUUAUUUGGCACAACCUUAAAGUGAAGGACACUUUCCAUGAUCACCAAGAGAGAGUAGUGCUCUGGGACCGAGACGGUGCGAGUCUGUCAUACUACUCAUUGGAAGCCAGGAAGCUUGGGAUAAUCCUGUCGGCUGUCGCCAAACUGGUGAUGAAUUCGGAACGACCGUCUGUUUUCUGGACCCGGAACAAUGACUGGGUCGUCGUUGGGCUCCUUGAGCUAAUCAAGGAUUACAGCAUGGACCAGAUGGAGGCUUGGUUGAGUUAUGAGGAGGGUCGUUUACGCCAGUCCCUUGAGGACAAGCUUGACAGGAGCAUCAGGCGGGUUAAGGUGAAGGAAGAGGAACAAGAUCGGAAGGAGAGGCUGAAUCUUUCGGUACAGGCGCGGCAACAAGAGCCAACGUCGCUGGACUCUUUUGAUGCUUCGCUUGCUGAUGCAGAUGAGUUAUCAGGGGAGCUAGAUGAAGACGACGGUGGUGAGGAGUUCGCUUCUGCUGAUGAGUAUGCUGAUAUGGGGGAGGACAAUAGCAUGGAUGAGGAAGAAAACUAGCAUGGCAUUGCAAUUUUGGAAGAUUAAACUAUAUACAUCAUAUAGUUCACUAACUAAAAGGAGCGAC